UAAGUCGUAGCGCUCAAUCUUUAGAUUUAGUAUUGAGGACUGAGAUUAAAUAAAUGUUUCUAAUGACCGAUUCAGAUACAGAAAGAAAACCAAAAUUAAUUCCUCAGAGGCGCAAAAGUAUGUACAUGCAUGCAUCGCAAAAGGACAUAAAUAGCAAAAUUCUAACGUAUUAAAUAUCUCAGCUGUUACCUAUUAACGAAUAAUUUUUAAAAUGGUAAAUUUUCAUAGCUUUUACACAGUUUAACCAAAAAGGAAAAAGACAUCAUGAUGUUUGCAGGACCUCAACAGAUAGGCAUCUAGUGAUCUAAUAUAAACCAUUUCCCAAAUGCUUCAUUUUCACAGAUUGCUCUGAGAGAUUCGAAAAUGGCAGCAGCUUCCCAACCCGUUUUAAUCUUUUUCCUUAUUGCAGUCUCUGCAUUCCAUCAAACACUUUCGAAACCUAAUGGUUUCAGCCUCAAGCUCAUCCCCAGAGACUCCCCCGAGUCUCCUCUGUACCCAGGAAACCUCACUACACUUGAACGAAUCGAAAGAUUGAUCGAGUUCUCCCGAGCCAGGGCUCGCUAUGUGGAACUAACUUCGUCUCCAAAUGCAACCAUCUUGUACCCCGAAAACAUACGUCUCACUUUGCUUCGUGAUAACUUCUUCUACACGGUGCAGGUAGGUGUUGGAACUCCAGCCACAGGAGUGUUCCUGCUUCUAGACACUGGCGGUGGCCUAAUCUGGACGCAGUGCCUACCUUGCUUAAAUUGCUAUCCGCAAAGAACUCCCAUGUUCGAUUCGAGUAAAUCCAGCACUUAUCAAAAGCUUCCUUGCAGCCACCGUUUUUGUCAAGGCGACCGUCCCCUCUACAAAUGUGUCAAUGAUGAGUGUGUCUACAACAUUAACUACGGUGGAGGGGCAUCGACUGCAGGCAUCGCUUCCAUGGAAACAUUCACAUUUCCAGUCGACACCGCCACUACUACUCGAAUUGGUCAAAUUGUUUUUGGUUGCUCAAAGUAUAGCCGAAACGUUCAAUUUGCCAAAGGUGGUGUCAUUUCAGGGGUCAUGGGAUUGAGCUUGUCUCCGGAUUCAUUGGCUUCACAGUUGUCUGAUGUGACACAGAAACGUUUCUCAUAUUGCUUGGUACCUUUCACUCAAGCACAGCAGGCACCAAGUCUGGUAAGGUUUGGGGAUGAUAUUCCCCACCCAUCCUCAAAUAUUCAGACAACUCCUUUUGUACCAACACCCGGAUCCCAUUACUUUCAAUUAAAUUUGUUGGACAUAAGUGUCGGAUUUCGCAAGCUAGGGUUUCCCCCAGGUACCUUUACGGCGAGGCCAGAUGGUUCAGGCGGCUGCAUCGUUGACUCCGGUGCACUGAUACCUCAGAUCGAUCAAAAUGCCCAAGGCGGACGCAACGCCUACAGGCAGGUGAUGUCUGCGUUUCAGAGCUAUUAUAAUUCUUUCCAGCAGCUUACGAGGAUCGGUAAAGUGCCUCAAGGGUUUGCAUUGUGUUACAAGUAUCCCCAAGAUUUUAAUCAAUUUACCAGCAUGACAUAUCAUUUUGAGGAUGCGGAUUAUAUUGUGGAUCCGAAAUAUGUGAAUUUUUAUGAUCAGCAGGGAGGCUACUUUUGUGUUGCGUUGUUGCCUGGAAAUGGGAAGAGUAUUCUUGGAGCAUGGCAUCAGCAAAAUAUGAGGGUGACGUACGAUGGCAACAUUAACUCACUCCAAUUCUCUGUUGAGACUUGUUCUUAUGAUGUUUAACAUUGGA